AUGGGCUUCUCGCACAUUCUCGUGUGCGUCGUCGUCGCCGGCGCACUAUCGGCGGCCGGCGCGUUUCAAGACCCGAAAUUCGCGUUGCUGAAUAUUCGAGUGCACGACGAGCAGGCGUUGCACAUCCUCCAACAACUUCAACUCAAUGAUUACAAAUACGAGCUCGACUUCUGGAAGAUGCCGUCGGCGAGUUCGCGCGAAGCCGACGUGAUGGUGAAGCGCGGCAAACCCGAACAAUUUCUGCGUCGAAUUCUCGAGUACGCCAACGUGAGCGUUUCGACGGCCGUGUCCGACGUCGAGAAGUUGAUCGUUCGCAACGAGGGCACGACGUCGACGAAGCGUCCAUCGAGCUUCCUCAAGUUCCUGCACGACGACCCAAUACUGGACAGCGAACCGGAUUUGGACUACACAAAAGUCGGCACACUCAAAAAGGCGAAAUAUCCAUUCGGCGACUACGCCUCGUACGCCGAAAUGGUCAAAUUCAUGAGGACCAUCGAGUUCUAUUAUCCGAAGCUGGCGAAAAUCAUUCGAAUCGGAAGCACACACGAGGGACGACCGAUUGAAGGAUUGCGGAUUGGCGCCAAAUCAUCGACGAGCAAACGAGCUGUCUGGGUCGACGGCAACAUUCACGCGCGCGAAUGGGCCAGCAGUCACACCGCGUUGUACUUCAUCAAUCAGCUGGUUUCCGAGUACGAGAAGGAUGCGAUCAUCACCCAUUAUCUCAACACCCUCGACUUCUACAUUGUGCCGUGCAUCAACGCCGACGGUUUCGAAUAUACACGCUCGUCGCCGAUACCGACAGUCCGUUUGUGGCGCAAGAAUCGGAGCCCCGAAGUGUGUCGAGCAUCGUUGUGGGGCGGCGAGAAGUGCUGUCGCGGUGUCGAUCUGAACCGGAAUUUCCGGUUCCACUGGGCUGAGAGGGGAUCGUCGUUCGAGCCGUGUUCGAACAUCUACCACGGCGAGGAUGUGUUCAGCGAGCCCGAGACCCAAGCGGUUCGCAAUUUUCUCAACAGCAAUGAGAUGAAGGGACGAGUCGACGCGUUCAUUACGUUGCACUCAUAUGCCCAACUUUGGAUCUAUCCGUACAGUCACGAAGAGCAAAGCUAUCCGGAGGAUAUUGGGGAUCUGAGGAAGGUGGCGAGAAGGGCCAUCAAUCGUCUCGCGCGGGUUUACGGCACAAAUUUUCGAAUGGGCACCGGUGCUGACACGCUAUCGCCGGCUGCCGGCGGCUCUGACGACUGGGCGAAAUCGACGCUCAACGUGAAAUAUGUGUACCUCAUCGAGUUGCGACCUCAAAUGGAAUUAUCGAAUGGAUUCAUUCUUCAUAAGAAGGAGCUGAUUCCGACGGCUGUCGAAACAUUCGAGGGGUUCCGAGAGGUCGUUGACGCCGUUCUUCUUCUGAACAACGCCACCGCACCGACGGCAACCGCCGUCCAUCAUCGCAAGACAAUUAGCGAUUUGCAAAUGCGCAAGCAGCAAUAUCGUAUGAGGCUUUUGGCAUCUCAGAAUAAUAAUAAAGCAGCGACUAGAAGGACGGUUCCAACUACUACGACUACUAGGAUAUCGUCUACCACAACAACGACGACGUUCAAGACAACAACAACAACGGAAGGCUUGACGACCAUGUCGAGCACGCGCGCGCGUCCGACGCCGCCCAAGGCCCCUCCAAUGAUGACGACGACUGCCAUCACAAAAUCGACGUAUGGGUUCUACACGGCCACUAAGCCGUCAGCGUUUUUGGAUCCCGAGUGUCGAGACAUGAGAUACUCGUGUGGGUUCUGGCUGAAGAACAACAAAGAAGUCUGUGUUGAGCAGGAGCAAUUCAUGCGGGCACAAUGUGCCUAUACUUGCAAAUUCUGUACCUCAUUCAUCAAACGCCAUUAA